AUGAUUAUAUUAAACGCAGAAUAUAUCGAUUUAAGGCCCAUGCCUCAGGAUGUGAAACAAGUUUAUAAAGAUUUUUUCAAAAUGAUCAAAAAAAGACUGAAUUGGAGUGAUAUCAUAUCGCAUCAGGCUCUCACAAGAAUAGUCAAGGGAAAAGGGACUUUGAGAUAUCCUUGUGUCAUGUUCACCACUGUUGAGGAAUUUCCGUAUGGUAAUGAGAUGCCACUGGCGCAAAAAGUGCUUUUCGCCCUCUACGGUAUGCUGCAAUACUGGUGGAGGAUCAGACGUCUUCGUAAUUGGGCGCCAUACGGAUGCAACCAACUCUAUGUUCGGUCGAUUGAGACCAUUCGUGUUUUGUGCUUCUUCCGAACCGACCGAGUAAUAUGA